CAAACAAAGAUAUGGGCAUCAUGGCGACAAAAAGAUUCCCGUUAUUCCUCUUCACUAUCUCUGCAAUUCUGCUCAAUAUCAUCUUCACUGCUUGUCAAGGCCACUCUCCGGUCCCUGAAAAACAUGUUUCACCUUUGUUCGUCUUUGGCGAUUCAAUUUUCGAUCCUGGAAAUAACAACUAUAUCAACACAAUUGUUAAGGCAAAUUACUAUCCGUACGGUGAAACCUUCUUCAAGUACCCAACCGGGAGAUUUUCUGAUGGCCGUAUUAUCCCGGAUUUCAUUGCUGAGUAUGCGAAGUUGCCUUUGAUUCCACCAUAUCUACAGCCCGGAAAUCACGAGUUUUCAUAUGGGGUGAACUUUGCAUCUGCAGGGAGUGGUGCUCUUGUUGAGAGUAACCAAGGGAUGACAAUAGACCUUGGAACUCAGUUUAGAUAUUUCAAGAAUGUUACCCGGGAGUUGAAGCAGAAACUAGGGGAUGAAAAGGCAAAAGUUUUGUUGUCAAGAGCUGUUUACAUGAUUAGCAUUGGAAGCAACGAUUACGUAUUUCCCUUCACCAUUAACUCCACAGUCCUUCAAUCCUACUCGCCCCCAGAAUUCGUACGACUGGUGGCAGGCAACAUAACUUCUGUUAUUCAGGAAAUAUAUAAAAUUGGAGGAAGGAAAUUUGGGUUCGUAAACUUGUGGCCUUUGGCGUGUGUACCAUACUUGAGAGUAAUUGAUGUUGAGAAAUAUGGUGCUUGCUUUGAUCAAAUUACACCAUAUAUACAACUACACAACAAAGAAAUUUCCAAGCUCCUUCCAAAGCUACAGAAUGAGCUCAAGGGGUUCAAAUAUUCUCUACUCGAUUUCUACUCGCUUAUAAAAGCUAGAAUGGAUGACCCUUCUAAAUAUGGUUUCAAGGAAGGGACAGCGGCUUGCUGUGGCAGUGGUCCGUACAGAGGAAUUCUAAGCUGUGGAGGGAAGAGAGGUGUGACAGAGUAUUAUUUGUGCGAUAACCCUAGUGAAUAUGUCUUCUUCGAUUCCGGUCAUCUUACCGAUAGGGCAUACGAGCAAUUUUCCGAGCAAGCAUGGUCUGGAAAGCCCAGUUUCGCUGGACCUUGCAACCUCAAAGCACUCUUUGCAUUUAAUUAAAACGUCUAUUUUUUUUUAUUUUUUUUUGGUUGCUCAUGAAUGGACUAGUUACAAAUUUAAAAUAAGCAAGGAUAUCACUUCAUUAUUGAUGUC